AUGAUGACUGAGAUACUUCAGAAAAUCGCAGAAGAAUAUAACGUGGCAGUGUUCAUCAGCAACCAGAUGACAGCUGAUCCCGGAGCUGGUAUGACUUUCCAGAUCUAUGACAGCCCCGACAUGCCAGAAAACGAGGCCACUUUCGCUAUUACUAAUGGAGGAAUUGUUGAUGCAAAGGAAUAG